AUGACGACGCCCUUCAAGGUCAAGGCCGUGUACGAGUACAACUCGGCCCACGAGGAUGACCUCCAAUUCCACAUUGGCCAAAUCAUAACCGUCACGGAGGAGGAGGACGAUGAAUGGUACACGGGCGAGUACGUCGACGAAUCGGGCGCCAAGCAGGAGGGCAUGUUCCCGCGCAACUUUGUCGAAAAGUAUGAGCCCACUGCUCCGCCUCGACCGGUCCGGCACCAGAAGAAGAAGAGCGAAGCUGCUGCGGUGCACGAAGAGCCAGCUGCCCCGAUGCCCAGCACCCCAAAGGAGGCCGUUCCCGAGCCCGAGGCUGCCUCGCCCAAGGACGCCAAAGUUGCCUCUCCAACUCCUGCGCCUGCCGUUGAUCUUCCGAUACGGGAGGAGCAUGCUCCCACUUCCGCUCCCGCUCCUGCUCAACCUUCUCCCAAAGCCGCCGAGGCGCCUGUCCCGGCUCCCGUUCAAGCCAAGCCGAAGGGCCCACCGCCCGUUUCUGAGAAGCCAGCUAGCAGCUCGUUCAAAGAUCGUAUCGCCGCCUUCAACAAACCCGCCGCCCCUCCCGUUGCUCCCUUCAAACCGAGUGGCAUCGGUGCAGGCAGCACAGGGUUCAUCAAGAAGCCGUUUGUCGCACCGCCACCUAGCAGGAACGCAUAUGUGCCGCCACCCCGGGAGGCCCCCACUACAAAGGUAUACCGGCGCGAGGAGGACCCGGAGAUCAGGGAGCGAGAGGCAGAGAAUCUUGAGAGUGCCGAGAAGGCCGGGCUGGCCCCUGCGGCUAGUGCCAGCGCUGAAGGUGCCGAAGAAGACGAGCCCAAGCCGUUGAGCCUCAAGGAACGCAUGGCCCUUCUCCAGAAGCAGCAGAUGGAGCAAGCCCAGAGGCACGCCGACGCUGCUGCAAAGAAGGAGAAGCCGAAGCGUCCAGCCAAGAAGCGCAUGGAAAGCCACGAGAGCUAUGCUGAGGGUGACGCCGCCGACAUCCCGCCGACCCUCGAGCGGAGAGACACCCAAGAAACGGGGGGGCGCAGGUCUAUCGAAGAGACACAUCCUCCCAAGGCCCCGCAACCGACUCGACGGAAGUCUUCCAGAGGUGUCGGGCCGGAGGAUGGCAACGAAGCCGACAUGUCAGGUGCUGGUGAUACUACUGAAGGCCAAGAAGACCUCACGGAGAAGGAGGAGAGCGAUGAGAAGCCUCGGCCUCUGACAAAGACCCCUACUGCAAGCACCACGGCGACUGAGCCGGCUAGGGAGGAAGACAUUGAGGAGGAGGACGAGGAUGACGAGGAGGAAGAGGAAGAUGUCGACCCCGAGGUGCGAAGAAAAGAGGAGCUGAGAGCGAGGAUGGCCAAGAUGAGUGGCGGCAUGGGUAUGGCUGGCAUGUUUGGCAUGAUGCCGAUGCCCGGCGCUGCAGCUCCGCCCAAGAAGAAGAAGGCUUCGGUGGAGAGGCGCCCCAGCGAGUAUGACGACGAGGCUACAACCCCUGGCGCUUCUGCGCCACCUGUUCCGGUUAUGGCCUUACCAGGCAUGUCUGCCCCGAAGACGCCGGGCCGCGAGGAGCGGUCAUCCCUGGACGUGGCCAGUCCGUCGGGGAACGAGGGCGAUGAGGAGGAUGAAGAUGAGCCCGCACCGAGAGCUGUGCCUCCUGUGCCUUCGCGGGGAGCAGGGGCCCCGCCACCCGUUCCCGCCGGUCGUCCCGCACCGCCACCUGUCCCGGCAGACUCGCGGCCGCCACCUCUGCCACCGACAGCCUCCGAGAUCAGGUCUCAGAGCGAGGGGUCGGAAUCGGACGACGAGCUCUCAGAACGACCUCAAGAUCCUGCUGAUACUCCCAAGGGUGAAGCACCACCAGCAUCCCGAGCUCCACCCCCUCCUCCUGUGGCUGUUCCUCCGCCUGCUAUUCCUACUUCACCCCGCUCGCCAGGGUCUAAUCGGCGAUCAUAUAUGGGUGACGGUUUGCCUCCCAUCUCCCCAAGCGGAGCUCCACCGCCUCCCAACAAGCGUGACAGCCGGCCACCACCGAUCCCGGGAACGGCUCCGGCACUACCGCCCACGCAGACUCGCCCGCCGCCCCCGCCACCUCCAGGCACCCUGAGUCGCCAAUCUACGGCCGACACCCGCCCACUGUCUCCUACCAAAGCACCGCGGCAUGAUGAGGAGGAGGAAGAGGAAGAGGUCACCGAAUAUGAAGGGGACUACGACACAGACAUUGCGUCUUCAGUGCCUCAUAAGGAUGCACUCAAAUCGCAUGCUCGAGAGUCGAGCUUUGACGAAUCAUUUUCCAUGAAGUCUCCCACCGCUGAGGCACCGCCGUCUGUGCCGCCGCCUAUUCCGUCUGCUUCUGCACCCAGAGCACCACCUCCGGUGCCGACUCAGGCGCCCCCUCACGAUAAACGUAGAUCGACUGAUAUGCCCCGUGCCCCGCCGCCGCCGCCACCACCGGCCAAACAAAACACGGAGUUCGACGACGACUACGACCCUUACAACUACACCGCCACGCCUACACAGGGCAUCCCGAUCCCUGGUUUCGCUCCUCCUCCUCCGAGACCUGCAGAAGAGCCUCAAGCUCCACUGCCACCAGAGCCGAGCCUGGCACAGCCGCCUCCGCCACAGACUCGUGCACCACCCCCAGCACCACCUGCGAACCGUAGUGCCCGGCAGUCCGUCGAUGCUGGGCGCGCGAUGCCUACGGGAAGGAGGUCUAUCGAUGUGAAUAGACCCUCUAUAGAGUCGGGGUUCGUUGCCAAUGACAUCGACCUCGCCCCGCAGUCCUCGUGGUGGCUGCAACCCAACAGCCUGCCACCUCAGCUGCAAGGCCGACGGGAUAUCUUCUUUGAGUCGGACGAAUCGCAGAACUCGGAGCACGGCAAGACAAUUGUCACGAGGGACGUGUACGUUCUCUACCAGGACUACUCGCAGACCGUGAUCACUAUCAAUUUCGACGCUGCCAACCCCUCAGACGCUCAGCUCGAGCAAAGGCACGAGGGCCCGCCGCGGACUCUCCGCCAGGACCAGCUCGAGCAGUCUUAUGAGCGGUUCGGCCGCCAGAUUGGCGAGACUGUCGGCUCCAAGAAGGACACGGUUGUCGGUGACGGCACACCGCAAGGACUCAUCUACGAGCUCCUCCGUCCUUUCAAGGAUGCGCUCCUGCCAGUCGGCUCACGAGCAUACGGCGCCCUGGUCUACUCGAACCUGGCCAACGCGAGCACGUCCCAGAACGACGAGAUCCGCGCCGGCGACAUCAUCAGCAUCCGGAACGCCAAGUUCCAGGGCAAGCACGGGCCGAUGCACGCCAAGUACAGCGUCGAGGUGGGCAAGCCGGACCACGUGGCCGUCGUGGCCGAGUGGGACGGCACCAAGAAGAAGGUGCGGGCCUGGGAGCAAGGGCGCGAGAACAAGAAGGUCAAGCUCGAGAGCUUCAAGCUCGACGACCUGCGGUCCGGCGAGGUCAAGAUCUGGCGCGUCAUGCCGCGGAGCUGGGUCGGGUGGCAGGGCCAGAACUAG